UUCUUUGUUUUGAAUUUUAUCUCUUGCCGGAUUAUCCGCCGGUUUAUUUCUUUAAAAAUAAAAACUAUAUAUUUAAAUUAAAUGUGAUCCACCCACGGAGAAAACAUGUCUUUUUUGGUUUUAAAACUAAACCAAAAGACUUAUUCAGCCCGGCAAUUUUUAUUCAAAAGAGAACUAUCGUCAUUUCCAAAAUCGUAUACUAAGGAUAUCGAGAAGAAUGUCUACGAGGAGUGGGAAAGCUCGGGAGCUUUUCAGCCGAAAGCGUCAAACGAUGGAAAUUUCUCCAUGAUUUUACCACCUCCCAAUGUCACAGGAACCCUUCACAUCGGACAUGCUCUCACUAUUUCCAUUCAAGAUGCAGUUGCCAGGCACCAAAGAAUGCUUGGGAAAAAGGUUUUAUGGGUGCCAGGCACUGACCAUGCCGGUAUUGCAACUCAGGCUGUAGUCGACCGAGAAAUUCAGCAUAAAUUAAAGCAAACUUCAAAUGAAAUCGGCCGUGAGAAAUUUCUACAAUGCGUGUGGGACUGGAAAAACAGCAAAAGCGUAAGGAUUAAUGAACAAAUGAGAAAACUUGGCGCAUCAUUAGAUUGGUCGAAAGAAAUAUUCACUCUGGACGAGUUGCAAAGUAAUUCUGUCAUGGAAGCUCUUAUUAAACUUUGGGAUAAAGGUUUAAUAUAUAGAGACGAAACAAUUUUAAACUGGUCGUGCGCUCUUAAAACGACAAUAUCUGACAUAGAAGUAGAGCAUGUUUUAAUUGACGGGCCCACAAAAAUAUCAGUUCAAGGGUUCGACGAGCCAGUCGUGUUUGGACAAAUAAUUGAUUUUUCAUAUAAAAUCCAGGAUUCGAAUGAAGAAAUCGUCGUAUCUACGACAAGAGUUGAGACCAUGCUUGGCGAUGUAGCUGUAGCGGUACAUCCUGAUGAUGAACGUUAUAUUAAUUUUAUUGGGAAAAAUGUCAUCCACCCUUUUAACGGAUGUGUUUUACCUAUAAUAUCGGAUGAUACUGUUGAUCCAAAAUUUGGAACAGGUGCUGUUAAAAUAACCCCAGCGCAUGAUCCAAGAGACUUUUUAAUAGCAAAAAGGCAUAAUUUGCCAAUUAAAACUGUUAUCAAUGAAAAUGGCUAUCUUUCUGAUAAAUGUUUUGACUUUUCAGGUAUUCAUAGAUUCCAUGCUCGACAAACACUGAUUAAAGCACUAGAAGAGAAAGGGUUGCUGAGAUCUAUCAAACCUCACAGUUUUCAACUUCCAAUUUGUUCUAGAUCAAAAGAUGUGAUUGAAUUUAUUAUUAAACCACAAUGGUUUAUUAAAUGUCACGACAUGGCAGCCAGAGCAGCAGACGCCGUCAGAACUGGUCAAUUGACCAUCACACCUGACAAAUAUAACAAAAACUGGUUUAAUUGGUUAGAUGGAAUAAAAGAUUGGUGUAUUUCAAGACAGCUAUGGUGGGGGCAUCAGUUGCCUUUUUACCACUGUGGAAAUGGGCAAAAUGACUUAUGGGUAGCAGCUCGGGAUGAGAAUAAAGCGUUGAAUAUUGCCCAAAAUUCUUUAGAAGGAGAAAUCACCAUAAAAAGAGAUUCUGAUGUACUCGAUACUUGGUUUUCUUCAGCACUUCUGCCUUUUUCAAGUUUAGGAUGGAUAAAAAAUGAUAAUAACUUCAACGAGUUUUAUCCGUUAAAUACUAUGAUAACUGGACAUGACAUUCUGUUUUUCUGGGUCGCAAGGAUGACAAUGCUCGGAUUAGAGCUUACGGACAAACUUCCCUUUAAACAUGUGUUUCUGCAUUCAGUCGUUUGUGAUUCUCAAGGUAGAAAAAUGUCGAAAAGCUUAGGCAACGUAGUUGAUCCUAUCGAUAUUGUCGACGGCUGUACUCAAAAGAAAUUACUAGACCAAGUAAGUGAAAGUAAUUCAAAAGGGCUGAUAAGUCGAGAAGAAAUGAAUAAGGCUCAACAAUUUUUGAAAAAUCAAUUCCCACAAGGUAUUCCGGACUGUGGUGCAGAUGCUUUAAGGUUUACCCUCCUCUCUCAAAAUCUUAAAAACGUAUACAUCAACUUUAACGUUAAUGAUUGCCAUGGGAAUAAACUAUUCUGCAAUAAAAUCUGGAAUGCGACAAGAUUCGCUGUACAAUCUGCUGAGCAAUUUAAAAUCACAAGUAUAAAUUUACCAGUCGAGAUGAACGAAAUGGAUAAAUGGAUACUUAGUCGACUAUCAAAGGCUAUUAGAAUUAUUAAAAUUUCUUUUCAGAAUCACGAUUUUCAUGCAAUUACAACUGCGCUAAGAUCAUUUUUGUACGGAGAUUUAUGUGAUUUGUACAUAGAAAGUAUGAAGCCUCUACUAAAUACUGAUUCUGGCAAAAAUUCUUCUUCAGUUUUACUUUUUACCUUGGAGAACGCCUUAAGAUGUCUGUCGCCUUUGAUGCCAUUCAUUUCUGAAACACUUUACAGAAAGCUACCAAGUAAAAUGAACGACUCUGUAAUGUUUCAGAAAUUCCCCGAUGAAAUUGAGAUGGUUAAUGAAAAUAUAGAAGACAAAAUUAAUUUACUUAAACAAAUCUUGUACGUCAUCAGAAGUUUAAAGACAAAAAAUGGAAUUAAUUAUAAAACUACAACUUAUAUUAAAACAUGCCAUAAAAAUUCACUAGAAACUCUUAAGUACGUGAUUGAACCUUUAACAAAAUCUGACAUUAAAUUUGUGAAUGAUAAACCACAUCCUUCACUCAAAUACCUAGACGAUAAUGUUAAUUUCGAUACAGAUAUUUACGUCGUAUUGGACCAAGGUUUACCCGAUAAGAAAAAAACCGACGUUGAUAUUCUUGUCAAGAAGAAAAAGAAAAUCGAAUUGGAUUUGAACAAAUUGCUGAAGAUAACUUCUUCAGAUGGUUACGCGCUCAAAGCCCCUGACAAGGUUAAACAGGAUCACAAAUUAAAGAUCAUGAAAUUAAAAAAAGAAUUAGAACAACUUGAUGGACACGAGAUAUGAUAAUUUAAUUGAAAAUUAUUUGUACAUAUUGUAAAUUAUAUUUUUAUUAUAGAUAAAUAAAU